AUGAACGAUUAUGAACAGCUGACACCGACAGAGGGAUUACUACCUCCUCCGUUAGAUCCUAACAAUCCUUUGCCACCUCCGUCAGAUCUACCUCCUUCAAAGAAUUCUCCAUUAGGACAGGGAACGCAGAAUGAACAAGGUAAUGAAUAUGAAGCACUAGGAAAUCCUACUCCUGAUGAGUUCGUUACUCCACCUGAUCUAUCAAAACCGACACCACAAAAAUUAAGGAAGGCUGGAAAAAGGCAAGUUUAA